CUCUCAGAAACCAAACAGGAGAAUCCAGAAGGUGGCAGCUUGAGAAAGUCUCCCUUUAACUUAUUCAUGAAUCACCUACAGGGGAAAAAGUCCUCUGAGAAAGAGGGGAAAUCUCCAAGCUCUUUGGUCAGCAAAUUGUUCAGGGGAUCAAAACCCAACCCUCCCGAACCUGACCUUAAAAAGGAGACCAGUGAGCUAGAAACAAAUGAUUCUCCACCUGAUAAGCAGAUGGAGACUGAGGCCAAGAGCAAGGCUAAAAUUGAGACCAAGACUGAGAUAACAACGACCUCAGAAGCAGUAGAGUCUCAAUCACUUGGCAUGGAAAGAGAUUUAAGAUCCGAUAUGAUUAAGAUGGAGCAGUUCUUCCAGAAGCUGGGAAAGAAACCCAACAGCAGUAGCAUCAACCUAAACAACUGUGGAUUGACCUUGACUGAUAUUACUGAAUUAGUGGCUUUCUUGCCUCUUCUCCCAGAUCUAGAAGAACUAGAUGUUUCCUGGAAUAACUUCAUAGGUGGAGCUCUCAAGCCAAUCAUGCUACAACUUCAUCAUGCCAGCAAAUUAAAAAUCGUCAGACUGAAUAACUGUCGACUCACAGUCAAUGAUGUCUUAGCACUGGGAGAAGCCCUUAAAACUACCCCAUACCUGGAAGAACUCAACUUAUCCUGGAACAGCUGUGUAGGAGGAAAUCUAAGCCAGAUCCUCCAGGGCGUCCAAGAAGGAAGCAAGGUCCAAAUCCUAAGGUUGAUAGACUGUGACCUCACAGCAGAAGAUGCAGCAUCUGUAGGUCAUGUGCUACCCUUGAUGCAGAAUCUCAAAGUGUUUGAUCUUUCCAUAAAUAGAAACGUUGGCUGCAAUCUAACCGUUAUUGCCCAGGGGCUGAAAAAUACCCCAUGCCUGAACGUAUUAAAGUUACAUACAUGUGGAUUAACUCAAGACAGCAUCCAGAUUUUAGGUGCUGCUUUUGGACAUUUGUUUGAGUUAAGGGAAUUGGACCUGUCCAGCAACAAGGAGGUAGGGGGAGGAUUUAAAGACUCUGCUGCCCACUUGGCUCAUCUGAAGCAUCUCCAAGUCUUGGACCUUCAUCAGUGUUCAUUACUGGAAGAGGACAUAGCAUCUCUGACCCAGGUCAUCCCUUUACUCUCCAGUCUUCAGGAAUUGGAUUUAUCAGCCAACAAGAAGGUGGGCAACUCUUCUGAAAAUCUCCUCAGUAGGCUGCGAUUCUUACCAGAGUUGGCAACUUUGCUCAUCAAUGGCUGUGCAUUAGGAAAAGAUGCAUUCACUGCUCUUGCUGAAGCCUCAAUGUAUCUCCCUGCCCUGAAGAUACUUGACCUUUCUUGGAAUAAGUAUGUUGGAGGAAACCUCAAUAUGCUUUUAGAAACUCUGAAGCUAUCUGCUGCCCUCCAAGUGCUGAGAUUGAGAAGCUGCUCCCUGGUUGCUGAGGAUAUGGCUUUCCUUGCAUCUGUUAUACAAAGCGGUCAUCUUACCAAGCUGCAACAGCUGGAUCUGAGCUACAAUGACAACAUUUCAGAUGAAGGCUGGGCCAUUUUCAGUCAAAAUGUGCCGUUCUUAAAGGAACUGACCGAGCUGGACAUCAGUCUUCGGCCAGCCAACUUUCGUGAAUGUGGACAGUGGUUUGGACACUUGCUAAAUGGUUUGACCAAACUGCCCCUGCUCUCGGAGCUAGGAAUCCAAAGAUGGAGGAUCCCAGAGCCCCAGGAGGAAGAGCUGGAGUAUUUCAACCAAGAACACAAAAGGAACGUCCACUUUGACUAUGGCGGGUUCCAAUGACAUCUGUUUUCCCAGGGCUACCGAAAAGAAAACAAAAACCUUUUUCUAUUAAUAAU